CUACUGACGGGAGUAUUUUUCCAAGCGAGUGCGUCGAGGGUGCAGCCAUUUCUCGCUCUGCUUUCAGCUCUUCUCGCACUUGUUCAGACUCGAGUCUCUCUCCGUGACAGAAACCGCCUGAGUAAAGGCAGGUCAGAUUCCCCUCUUUGUUUGCUGAGCUGGUUUCCUCGCCAGCAGAACCACGUCGGGAUGGACCCAGCAAGCCGUUACCAAGUGUUGCACAAUGAGGAAGAUUCUUCAGAGACUUCCAGCGUAGAGCAGCAGCCCUGCACCUCUGCGUCAGCCAGAGCCGACGCGUCCGGCCCGGACCAGAGGGAGGCUCAGGCCCCAUCAGCGGGGGAGGCUGACGCGCCCCCGCCUCCCUACGCCUCCAUCGACCUGGGGGCGACCGCCGCGGCACCUGAAUCCAGCUUCCAAGGCGACUUCCCUGUUCCUCCACCCUACAGUGUCGCCACGUCACUACCAACCUAUGAUGAAGCAGAGAAGGCUAAAGCAGCCGCCCUGGCUGCCUCCGCCGUGGAGGUGUUGCCCCGGGACGAUGACUUCCCCCCGAGAGAUGACUUCAGCGAUGCUGAUCAGCUCCGAGUCGGGAAUGACGGGAUCUUCAUGUUGGCCUUUUUCAUGGCCUUUCUCUUCAACUGGAUUGGCUUCUGUCUGUCGUUCUGUCUGACCAAUACCAUCGCUGGACGCUACGGCGCCAUCUGCGGCUUCGGCCUCUCGCUCAUUAAAUGGAUCCUCAUCGUCAGGUUCUCAGACUACUUCACUGGCUACUUUAACGGCCAGUACUGGCUCUGGUGGAUCUUCCUGUUGCUAGGCCUCCUGCUGUUCUUCAGAGGAUUUGUGAACUACCUGAAAGUACGCAACAUGUCAGAAAACAUGGCCACGUCGCACCGAACACGCCUCUUCUUCCUAUACUGAAAGUUUCCACGCCGCCAGCAUUCCUUUCCAGCGCAGUUCCUUCCCUUGCCCUCGCAUGACCUGACAGAGGAGCCCGGCAGCGACGAGAGGAAGCGGGGAAGGAAUGGAGAAAGUAUUACCAGUUUAAUCCAUCUUUUCUAGAACAAUUCGACCCACUCUAAAGAAAGUCUGCGCUUCUGAACUGAGCCAAAAACAAAAAACAAGAUGAAUUUUCAUUCUCUCCCCCAAAUCUGCCUUUGUUGCUUUCGUCGGGCUUAUUCGUCGUGUUUCACAAAGCACAAUGGGGGGAAAACAAUCUAGCAAAAAUUAAGGAAUUCAUUCAAACGAAUUUAAUCUGUCAAUUUAGUUUUGCAUAUUCAGUGUUAACAGGAGUUCCUAUUGUCCUCGGAAGCGUAUCUCUGUUGUCCACAGAAAAGGUGGGUAUCGAACAGUCUGAACUAGUCUUACUUUAACUGUGAUGUAGCAUUGUUUUAUAGUAAAACCAAUCCAGAGUUGUGGAGCCCGGAAUGCACCAUCUGAAACGAGAACAAAACUCCAUUUGGAUAAACAGGGCUGCAGUUUUCAAACCUUUUAAGACUUCUUCACUUUAAAGUAGAUUCAGGUUCUAAAGCUUUAGUACUGGAUGAUUUCACAGCAUACGCCAAGUUAAUCUCAACUCUUAACGCUUCAAAACACUCUUUUUGUCUCCGAACUCAUCCAUACUUUUGUUCUUGAGAACAAGCAAGCUAAAAAGAGCUAAUCAAUGAUGUAUAUUUUUGGAUAAAACAGUGUUUGAAACUGCACAAGGUCUCAUCAGGUCAGCUGCGACCCCUCGUUCUGGUGUGGAUGGGGAAGCGUGUUCACACACAGUGCUUUUUUUUUUUCCCCCACGCCCUUUGGUAUUGUUUCGAAAACGCUCUUUGGAGUGCAAGAGUCUUAUGCAAUUUAGCUGUAAUGAAUUUUAGCUAUCGUGGCUGUAAGGUUGUGCGUCGUCGAAGUAGAUUUAGUCGGUUCGUUUAACCGCCGCAGGCCGGUCCGCUUAAAAGAAGGAGAACGUCGCGAAGAAACGCCGAGCAGACUUGUUCUGCGUGACGCAGACGGAUCUCGCUUCUAGAUUCGGUUUGGGUGUUUAUAACGUCGUCUUUCCUGUUUUGAGUGGAGACGAGGCGCGGCUUCGUUUAAUAAAAGAACAGCAGCAGGUGUUGAGGUGACCCACGAGCGUGACGGCGAUGAAGUCGAGGGUUGGCGUACGGUCGUGUUUGACUGGCGCCUUAGAAGAGAAUAAAGUUUAGAUUUUUUUUUUUUUCUGUCAUUAAAUGAAAUGAAACGUGUAUAUACGAGCUUAUGCCAUUUUAUAAUAUUUGCACUUUGAAGUUCUGAUGUUCAAGAAGAUUUGUGAAUCUGCUUAACUUGAUGUGGGGGUAGAAAAAGUACAUUGCAUCUUAGCCAUCCAAGUUUUUGUUGUUUUUUUUAAAACUGGAAUUCUUAAUCAUCCCAAAAGGAUAAUCUCCCUUUUGCACUUUUUAUUUGUCAAAAAUAAUAUUUAUGUGUCUUGUUUCAUUGCUUUUAACCUGAACUGUGACAGCUUGAGAAUUGCCAAACCUUUUCUUUUUUUUUUUAAUUUUUGUUUUCAAAAAUUUACUGAUCAUAUCUUAAUCCAGCCUCAUUCAACAAUAUCAAGGUUUUUCAGUAAAUUAGAGCUCUACUGCAUGAUUUACCCACCUGAACUAGUUUGGCUGGGUAACAUUAGAAUUAAUCUACAAAUCCAUGUUUGUCUUUGUAAAUAUGGUAAGUAAGGGGUGUUAUUUCUCUGAGGCGAGACUCAGAAAAUCAUCUCAAGCAGUCGGUAUGCAUUUACUAUUACUGGAAAUAAAAUGACAGCUCUUGCAAAAAAAAAAAAACAUGCCAAUAAAGUUCAAAAGCCUGCCACUGA